CCAAAGUCCAUCAAAUCCAUCACUUUCAGCUACCCUCACAGCUCCGUCACCUAAAUCUUCAUCACAUUCAACCCAUACCUAACUGCCACGUGUACUAAACCAACGACUUCACGCCAAAGGCAACCCGUCACGUUAGCAUUGUCCAAAACCACCACCGUUUGUCCUCCCUCCAUGAUAAAACAAGCUACACGACUCCCCUCUCUUCAACACUUCGAUUUUCAUGGAUUAUUAAUUUAACCCAUUGAAUAGUUUUUGUUUUUGAAAAGAUGGAGAAGUUCUCAUACAACUCGUAUCCAGACUCAGCCGAAUCGUCGCCUCGAUCUCGCGACGUGGACUUCGACAACCCUCCCCCGUGGGAGGACCAGCAGCAGCAACAGACGCAGCAUAGCUACAAGGUGAAGUUCAUGUGCAGCUACGGCGGGAAGAUCCAGCCGCGUCCCCACGAUAACCAGCUCACCUACGUCAACGGAGACACCAAGAUCUUAUCCGUCGACCGCGCCAUCAGGUUUCCCGCCCUUGCUUCCAAGCUCUCCGCCGUCGUCGGCGUCGGAGGCGGCGGAGGAGACGGAGGCGAGAUCUCGUUCAAGUACCAGCUCCCCGGCGAAGAUCUCGACGCGCUGAUCUCGGUGACCAACGAAGACGACCUCGAGCACAUGAUGCACGAGUACGAUCGGCUUCUCCGCAUGUCGUCUAAACCGGCGAGGAUGCGCCUGUUCCUCUUCCCGUCGUCUCCCGUCUCCGUCUCCGUCUCCGGCGGAUUCGGCUCCGAAGGUUCGACGAAAUCGGAUCGGGAGACGCUGAGCGCGAUCCCUAACAGGCCGGAGUCGGAGAAAUCCGUAACCGCUCCGGCGAGUAACGCCGAUUUCUUGUUUGGAUCGGAGAAAGUAGUCGUAGCUCCUCCGUCUCCGCCGGCGGCGGUGACGGUGACUCAACAGAUUCAGGAUCCACAGAUGUUCGUUAACCAACAGGUGAUAACACCGGAGCAGGAGAUUCAACGACAGAUCCAUGAGUUUCAGAGGAUUCAAAUUAGAGAUCAAGAACAACAACAACAACAUCAACAGAUACAGCAGCUCCAACAGCAAGAGGCUGCUAUGUACAGAAGAAAUAGCCAAGACGGACGUUACUUCACUCCAACCUACGCUCAAAAUCCUCCUCCGCAGCAGCCGCCACCGACUACAACGACUGUGUCUCAGACGAAUCAACAACCUCCUCCGGUUGGUUACUGGCAAGGAAACAACAACAACGUUCCAGGGAACAACAUUUACACAACGACGGAGCAGCAGCAGCAAGUAUACAUGAUCCCAGCUCAGUCUCAAGCACCAGGGACGUUAUACCAUAGCGUGAUGAGACCACCACCGACACAAGGGAGCCAAGGGUACUACCCACCUGUUCAACGUAUCCAACAGCAUCAUCCUGAUCCUUACAUGGAGCAGCAGAACCAGCAAGGUGGUUACAACGUGGUUCAACCACCACAGCCAACGUAUUCAGGUGGUCCACAGGUUAUGAGUAGUGGUCCAAUGGGAUUACACGAAACGCCGCCGUAUUCACAGAUGGGGAACCCUGUGUACUAUACGGUGGCUGGGGAUGGUAUGAUGGUGCCGCCUCAACCGCAUCAGCCUCAGUACCAGGGAAUGGGUCAGCCGGUUAGUGGCAUGACCGGACCGGAUGGGAAAGUGGUGGUUAACACGGGGCCUAAAGUAUCGCAGAGUGCAGAUUCGGUGUGAGUGUGAAAUGAAGCUGACGGUGAAUGUCAUGAUCACAUUAUUAUCAUUAUCCGUUUGCAGAUACUUUGUAAUAUUAUAUGUAUAAGCGUUUGAGAUCAAAGUGGAAUCUGGAUGUGCUUGCUUUUGAGUUAGCUCCUUCUAGAGCUCUGUUGUAGUUUUUAAUAAAUAUGCUUCUGGACCUUUUUGGUCUCAUCGUCU